GAAAUACUCAAACAGGCGAGUGUAAAAGACGUCCCUGUUUUUCAAUAGGCCUCAAUAGCCACGUUCAACGAAUCUGUCACUCCGCGCAUUCGAGAUGAGUGAGACCAGCGCAGAUUCGACGCACAAUGCAUGCGGGUUAAGUUUCUGUUCAACUUAAUAUCGUGAGAUCGAGACCUGUGCAUUGUUGGAGACAGGACCGCAGUUCAGGCUAAUAUCAUUUCAUUUAAGGUUCCUCGACUCCUUGAUUGUCGGUCCUCCGGCCCGUGACCCGCAAAUUGCUCGUCGUGCAUCAUAACAAUGGGAAAAUGAAUGAACUGGAGGACGUCAGCCAACACAUUCAUGACAAAAUAUCAUCCUUACAAUGUAUGCUGGAUCUGUCAGUUAUUGAAUUGCCUCAAAAUAAGAUUAAGAAACUUGGACAAGAACUCUUUGCACUUGAGAGACUUCUGGAGGAAUUUGAAAAAUGUGUUGGCCAACAGAAAGUGCAACUUAAGCAUCUGAAGGAACUUGAGAAGCUAUCGCAGAAGGAUCUGGAGGAUGUGCAGCACAUGAAGGACAACAUACCUCCACACCUUCCCAGGAAGAUGGACACGGUCAGAAAUGAACCUGGAAUGAACCACAAUUUAGCAGCAGAUAUUCAACCAGCCCAAGCAGAAAAUGUUAAAACGACCAAAAAAAGCUUUGUCAGAGAGAUGGAGUUCAUCACUAUGUCAGAGUUUGAGGGCAUCCCUCAGUACAUGAAAGGACGUGUAUCAUAUGACCAGCUUAAUGCUGCAGUACACAGCAUAAACGCUGCUGUAACAGCCAAGUACAAGAUUCUCCAUCAGUCAGUGAAAACUCUCAAUAAUCAUGCACGCAAGCUGCACCAGCGCUUUAAGGACCAGGAGACCAAGGACACAAAAGGUCAACAUUUUAUUGUGGAGGACGACAUUCGUGAAUUUACCCAGACGAAGGUGGAUAAACGAUUUCAAGGGAUUCUGAACAUGCUGCGACACUGUCAGCGCCUGCGGGAGCUCCGAGGGGGAGGGCUCACUCGCUAUAUGCUAGUGUGAAAAAACGAGAUGAAAUAAGUUUUCCGUUAGCACAAUGAAGAAAUAAAGAAGCUAACAUAGUAAGCCAGCAUAUUUCUAAAUGUGUAUAUUUUCUGCUGUAUGCAUUGUGUACACUGUCACACUACUUAUGAUUUGAUUAGUCAAAUGAGUUAUAUUGACUCCCCACUUAUCAGAUUUAUGUGUGAAUAUGCUUUGAUUUGCCAUCUGCGUGUGCACUUACUCUGGCAAAUGUAUGUAUGUUUUGGUGUACUAUAAAACUACAAUAAAAUUCUAAAUAAA